CCAUCGUACAUCAUACAUCAGCUUCCAAAAUACUGGUACUUGUUGCUCGUAAUUCUACAUCACAAUGGCUUCACCACUACCACCAAACGUCCAUCGAUCGACACAUCCAUGUCUCCAAGCCAAACUCUCCCAGCUUCGAUCCGCGACCUCAAAUGCCCGGGAAACGAAAGCAUUGGUACAUGAGAUAGCAUUGAUCGUAGGAUGUGAAGCAUUAGCAGCAGGCCUUUCUACGAAAUCAGGUUCCAAGGUGAGCAAGAAACUGAGCUCAUCUUACUCCUCUUCUCUGAUUGUUUACUGACGCAUUCCAAUAGAGCAAAACACCAUUAGGAUACGAAUUCACAACCACCGAAAUCUCCCCCUCCACAAUCUCCCUCGUUCCCAUUCUCCGCUCCGGAUUAGGGAUGUUAGACGGUAAGCUACCCAUUCCCCUCCCCUCCCUUUCAAAAAAAAAAGCCCAUAAACUAACAAAUUCGAUCUGCCAACAGCAAUACAAACCCUCCUCCCCCUCCCCGUCCCAGUCCACCACCUCGGUCUCUUCCGCGAACCCACCACCCUCGAGCCAGUAGAAUACUACAACAACCUCCCCUACCACGCCCCCGCAGCAGGCACCCCCUCCAACGCGCCCAACGCCAACGCCUCGGAGCUCGCCAUCCUGCUCGACCCCGUCAUCGCAACCNCGAGCCAGUAGAAUACUACAACAACCUCCCCUACCACGCCCCCGCAGCAGGCACCCCCUCCAACGCGCCCAACGCCAACGCCUCGGAGCUCGCCAUCCUGCUCGACCCCGUCAUCGCAACCGGUGGAACAGCCGCGGCCGCCAUCCAGACACUGAAGGAAUGGGGUGUGAAGCGUGUCAUUGUCAUCUCGAUCCUCGGCGCCUUACCCGGUCUGGAGAAGGCGGCGGGAGAGUGGCCCGAAGGCGUGGAGAUCUGGACGGCGGGGGUGGAUGAGAGUAUCAAUGAGAAGGGCAUGAUAAAACCCGGUCUGGGGGAUGUGGGUGAUAGGUUGUUUUUGACGAUUGGGAAGUAG